CACGUACAAGCUGGACUGAUAACACCAUCCGUGAGUUUUUGUUUUGGGCCCAAUAUUUUCCGGCUACACAAAAGAAAGAAAAAAAUAGAAAAAUAAAAAUUGAAUUUCUAUUUCCAUCUCUCUCCCUUUUCGUCUCCUUCGCAAACCCGCCGAGGAAAUCCUCAGCUAGGGUUUUUGAACCGCUCCGAGCUCGUUUCGAGCCAGACUCCAUGACCAGGAGCCUCUCCUAAAGAGUCUUAUAGCGCUCAAACUUCCGAAAGGUUUGAUUACUGAAACGUGCUUGGUUGAUACUUUGAAAAAAUAUUUUCAUAGCUGAGUCUUUGAGUGAAAGAAAAUCAUGUCUGGAAGAAAUCGUGGACCGCCUCAUGCUGGACUUCCCCCCCAGGUCCAUGAACCAUUUGGAAGAGGACUUGGGCCGAUGCCCCAUCCAGCAUUACUCGAGGAAAUGAGAGAAUCCCAACUUGGAAUGGGUCCCAGACCACUUCCCCCUCACCCUGCGAUAAUUGAGGAGCAUCUUGCGGCUCAACAUCAAGAUAUCCAAGGUCUUCUAGUUGGUAACCAAAGGCUGGCUGCAACCCAUGUUGCACUAAAGCAGGAAUUGGAAGCUGCCCAAUAUGAGUUGCAGCGGAUGGCUUACCAUGUUGAUUCACUGCGGGCAGACAAGGAUGUUCAAAUGAGAGAUUUGUAUGAGAAGUCUGUUCGUUUGGAAGUGGAUCUUCGCGGAGUGGAGGCUAUGCGAGCUGAGCUUCUUCAGGUUCGUGCUGAUAUCAAGGAGCUCACUGCAGCGAGGCAGGAGCUCUCGGGCCAGGCACAAGCAAUGACACAAGAUUUGGCUAGAAUCACUGCUGAUUUGCAACAGGCACCAGCUUUGAGAGCAGAAAUUGAAGCUAUGAAACAGGAAUUGCAACGUGCUAGAGCUGCCAUUGAGUAUGAAAAGAAAGGAUAUGCAGAGAAUUAUGAGCAUGGCCAGGUGAUGGAAAAGAAUUUGAUAUCGAUGGCUAGGGAGCUAGAGAAACUUCGUGCAGAAAUUGCGAAUACUGAGAAAAGAGCGCGAGCUGCAGCUGCUGUUGGAAAUCCAGGUGUAGGUUAUAAUUCAAAUUAUGGAAACCCUGAAGCAGGAUAUGCAGGAAAUCCCUAUCCUGCCAGCUAUGGCAUGAAUCCCGUACAAGGUGGUGCUGAAAGUUUUCCUCAAUAUACACCUAUGCCUGGUUCAUGGGGUGCAUAUGACAUGCAGCGAGCUCAGGGACAUAGAUAAACUUAUUCAUCCGUGAUACCGAGCCUUGUUCUGACCGGUAUCUUGGCUGCAGCGUAUUAGAUACUUAGGUCUGUGAUUGAAGUGUUAUCUCAUAGUAGACAUUUUGGAAAACUUUCUUGUUUAUUUGGUCAUUAGUAACUGUACCUAAACAUAUCACACAUCAUAUUACCUUGAUGGUGCAGUACACUAUUCAUACGUCGCGUUCUAUGAUGCAAAUAUUUGCACUAUCUUCCCUAAAUGCAUUUCAUUAUGAUCUCAAUGUUUCUUGUUCUUAUUUAUGUAAAAUUUGCUGCCUAUCGUAUAUAAAUAGUUUAUCUCUUUUCCAGAACUUUUAUUUCUUUUGCUCUCUUCAUAUUUGCGAUAUUUAGUUUGUAAGGGUUUAUUGUUGAAUUAUGUGUCUUCUGAAGCAAGAACUUUGCUAGUUCUAUUCACAGCUCUAAGUUUAUCGUUGGAUAAAUGCCAAAAUUUCAGUUGUCCCUUGAUUGUGAAUUUGUCUCAUUUACUUGGGAACUCCUUUACAUAGCUAAUACCACAGAUUAAUAUUCUUCAUGUAAGGAUCGUUAUAUAUUCAUUUACUUCCUCUAUUAUUACUUGUUGUUUAAGGUUCUUACAGAAGGAAUUUGUCGUUUAAGGUUAGUUUCUUGUUGCAUCUUAUCUGCCAGUACAUUUAAAGGCUCAAUUAGGUUUGUGCUAAGGAAGCUUACUUUCCUGUGCAAUUUGGAAUAUUGCAUAGUGAUCUUACUUAUUAUCUGACUGCCUUUAAAGAAUAGUCCUUUCUCUCUUGUUUUUUAGGACCAUACAUGUAAUAAUUUUUUUGCUUCUAAGCAUCUAUCUUUUGACCUUGGGUUCAGUAUGUGCCCUCUCAGACAUUUCCGUUACCUUGAUCAAGCAAACUUUUUACUUCCUAUUCCUUCCAGCUUUUCUAAUCAUAUGUCUGGUUUUUAUUGAACUAAUACUUAUAUAGCCUAUAGGCAUUAUAGGGUGUAGGUCUCCGGGAUCCAUGAGUUAAGAAUUUUAAAAAUAUUUUUGGGACUUUUAGCCAAAAUGUUGUUAAUCUCGUGCUAAAUCACAUCUGGACAGUGCUUCAGUCAUGUGGGUUGGAAACUAUGAUCCUCACCUCAUGUGAGGUGGGCGAGAAACCAAUUGUUUAAGAAUGUUUCUAAGUUGAUAUUUGACAAUUUUGGUGCAACUUCUUCAAUACAUAUGAGAACUCAAGUCCAGUAACGUAUUAGGUUGCCUUUUCUUCUUUGUCUUUUACUCUCCUUAUCUGAAAGGGAGCUAGAGUUCAAUAACAAAUAUAAGCACUUGGUGCAAUUUGUUUUUUCCUAGCCCACCAUCAAGAUUUUUUUUCCUUUUCCUAUGCCUAGGGUGUCAAGAGCUCAUUUUGUAUUAAGCUCUAUACUGUUAUUGUUCUGUUUGUGCUGACUACCAUGUCCAUUAUUUUACAUUUCGGUUGAUCCAUUUGCUCAUCAUAAUUGGAUUCUGGUAUGUGCUCGCCAGGAGAAAACUCAGGAAAGAAAACUUUUCUUAAAGUCCUGUAAAGGAAGCAGAUAUCCCACACAUUCUAAAACAAACAUUCUGAAACUAACUACAUUGUGUUUGUAUAGCCAACAUUUAGAUCACCAUGGCAGUGAAUCAACUCUUUCUGUUAUGUAUUUGUUGUUGUGGAGAUUUUCUGGAUUGAUACCAGUGGUUAACUUUUGGUUGUCUUUAGUGAGACUGAGAGUCUUACUGCGAAAUUUAGUCAGACAUUCUGUUCAAAUGCAUGUUAAUGUAUUUAAAAGAGUAUGCUUUGUGUUGUAGUCAUAUCUGUUUCAGUUCGUAAACUAGGAAUAAAGUAUUUUUGUUGAAUGUGUAGAAACUGUGGCAAUCUCAAUUAACAGUGAAACUGCAUGUAGAAUUUCCUGAUGGGAUCACAAAGCAUACUCAAGAACAGAUCAGUUACUUAUUAUAUUUAGAUAUCAUAGAUGUAAUAGAGUUCAUACAACAUUGUUUUAUUGUCAAUGCUAAUAACCAAAUUCAUGAAUAAGCUAAGUUGCGUUAGUGAUACAGAUUCCUAGAUAUGGAAGAGUUAGACGUGCAAGUGUUCGCAGUAGAUACAUAAAGUUCUUUGUUUAAACUUGUCAGCCACUAGAUUUAUUGUAGUUGUAUUAUUUUGACAUUGUUGGGUGGUUUAUAUAGCUCCUUCGGGGUAGACCAGACUAACGAAGUGAUGUUGCUCAUGAGUGCGCUUUACUAGUUAUCCUCAAAAUCACAUCCUAUAAUCAAUCACCAGUGCAGGCUCCCUGUGGAAUGAGCUGCUCCCUCUGUCCCUCUCUCUGUCUCUGUGUCUGUCUCUGUGUCUGUGUCUGUGUCUGUCUCUGUCUCUGUCUGUCUCUCUCUCCUCCCUAUUUUCUCUUAUUGUGCAUGGCUUGUGUAAGGAGAGGCCUUCAUUUUUCCCUUUCCCUUUUGACUGGAUCAUCCUUGUAGGUUCUAUAGUCAUUCAUUCCAUUUAUUAGGGCUGUGGCAAGACAGAAUUUGAGGCAGGAGGAGUCUACUGGUUGAGGACAUAUAGCUUUUAGUUGUGAAAACAUGACCUCUUUUUCUUAUGGGUUUUACCAUGAGUUUGGUACUCUGUAAGGAAAGGAAUUCUUUCCAUAUCUCGCUUCUUUUAGAAGAACAACAGCAAAAAUAUAAGGGAAGCAAUGUAUUCAUAGCAUGUGGUAUGCUGUUCAUUGGGAAGACACUCAACAAUGGAGCUGCAGAAUCAGUUUCUGGUCAAGUUCACAACCUUUUGGCCCUGCAAAUAUGAUGCUGCCUCCAUGAUUUCUGAAUGUUUUGUCGUGAGGUAUGAUUAGUUGUUCAAAAUUUUGUCCUUUUCUGGAUAUCAUUUCGAUGUUACUGCUAUAUUUGGGCUUGUAAAUAAACAAAAAUAAACAUUAUAAUUGAGCUAUAAGUACUUUAAGAAAUGUUAAAAAAGAAGAUAGAUGCAUGCUGUAACUGUGGAGAGGGAGAGGGAGAGAGAGAGAGAGAGAGAGAGAGAGAUGGCCGUUUAAUGUGCAGCUAUUUAAUCUUGUUUGGAAUCUGCAAUGAUGGGCUUCAGUUCAGGUUUGUUUCAUAUGUUCCUGUUUGGAAAUUUACUUUUCUAGAUGGAGAUUACUUUUAUACUAAAUUAAACCAUUUUUCCGCAUGUGUGGGGUUUAAUUGGCCGUUUAAUGUGCAGCUAUUUGCGUAAUCUUGUUUGGAAUCUGUAAUGGUGGAAUGGCUUCAGCUCAGGUUUGUUUCAUAUUUUCCUGUUUGGAAAUUCACUUUUCUAGGUGGAGAAAAGAACAUACUUUCAAUGUGGCUACUUAUUUGGAAUGAAUGUUCCGAAAAAUUAAAAGGAGUUGGACAAUUUCUGGUAAGCACAUGGCUCAAUGGUUCAUUCAGAAGUCUUUGUGAUCCUGCAUCACUUUGAUUAGCACAUAACUCAAUGCUUCUCUGAAGGAUAGUGUGGGUUGUGCAUUAUAAGGGAUGCAUAUUAUGGAGUAAAGUUGAAGAGCGAGUUGGCUUUAUGAGUGGAUACAAGCCUCAUCUUCUUGCUAAAGUGUCUUGGAAAGGUGGUGGUUUCUCUGCCGUGGCACAGGCCAAAAAGCCUAAGAAUGGUUUCAUUCCCUGUGCUUAUCUAAAUGGAACAAACCACCAGAUGGUUCAAACUUAUCUUUGGUUGACCAUAAAUCGACUUCUCCAUUGUAAUACCUCUGCUUUCAUCCGAAGCCACCAGACACGAUCUGGCUUGAUUGGAAACAAACGCAUUUUUUUUAAUAGACAAAUAUUUGUUUUCUUCCAGACAGAGAGUGAUUAUGUUAAUAUCCUUUCGCAUCUUGAAUUAUGUACUUCAUACCAAAAAUAUGAAAUUUAUAGAGUGGUGAAAAAGACAGAAUCUUACU